AUGUCUGUACCACCUCCAGCUCCAGGGUAUCGGCCGAAGACCUAUACUGUUACUUUGACUAGAGAAUUUAAAAAGAUGAAGCCACUAGUGUUUCAUGGUGGAAUUGAACCAUUGAAGGCCGAGGCUUGGGUCUUAGGGAUUGAGAAAUUGUUUGAAGUGUUCCCAUAUACCGAAGCUCAAAAGGUACAACUAGCUGCAUUUACAUUGGAAGAUGAUGCAAGGCGUUGGUGGAUGUUGGUUCGAGAUGAUAAUAAAGAUGUUACCUGGGCCCGUUUCCUAGAAAUCUUUCACGAGAAAUACUUUCCUCAAUGUGUGUGGGAUAUAAAAGUAUCUGAAUUUAUGGAACUCAAGCAGGGAAACAAAUCAAUUGCCAAGUAUGAGGCUCAAUUUACAAAAUUCGCUCGCUUCGCACCCCAUAUGGUAGAUACAGACUACAAGAAAGCUAGACAAUUUAAGGGAGGUUUGCGUGACCCAAUUUUGAAUAAAAUCAAUGUGCUCAAAUUACAGACGUACGUGGAUGUACUUGAUAGGGCACUGAUAGCAAAGAGAAAUGUGGCCAACCAUAAACAGAACUUCGAAUGGAAAGGCAGAAAAUAG